AUGAGAGAGAGUAGGAGAGACAAGGGAGAGAGACGAGAGAGAGUGGGAGAGAGACAAGAGAGAGAGAGUGGGAAAGAGACAAGAGAGAGAGAGAGUGGGAGAGAGAUAAGAGAGAGAGAGUGGGACAGUGGGGGAGAGACGAGAGAGAGUGGGAGAGAGAGUGGGAGAGAGACGAGAGAGAGUGAGAGAGAGGCGAGAGGGACUGGGAGAGAGGAGAGGGAGAGACUGGGAAAGAGAGAGAGAGGACAGUGGGAGAGAAAGGAGAGUGGGAGAGACGAUAGAAAAGAGAGAGGAAUAGAGAGAACAGAAGAGGAAGAGAGAGAAAAUAGAAGAGGAAGAGCGAGCAUGAGGGAGAGAGGAGAGAGAAAGGGAGAAAAGAGAAAGAAAGAAAGCGAAAGAAAGAGUAGUAGACAGAGGGAGAGUGCUUGGGAGAUAGAAGGAGAGAGAAAUAGACAGUGGUGGGUAGAGAACAUAAGAGGGAGAGAGAGGAAGAGGGAGAGAAAGGAAGAGGGAAAGAGAUGA